AUGCCACAUUGCAGUUUUCAAGCAGAAAGCAUUCCAUUUAAGGAAAUCGACAAGCUGGCUAUCUCAGGCGGUUAUUCGGCAUUUUUUCCAGUUUCGGAACCAUCUGUUCAAGUAGUUGGAGAAUGGAGUAAACGUUACUGUUCGUUGGCAGAUACAUUUAAGCCAGUUCUUGAUCGUGUUUACAAUUUUAAUGUUCGUGAAGAUGAUGUUUUUAUAGUGACCAGUACAAAAUGUGGCACGACGUGGGCUCAAGAGAUGACGUGGCUUAUAAUGAACGAUUUUGAUUUUGAUAAAGCUAAAACUAUUGACUUAACAAUAAGAUCGCCGUUUUUGGAAUUUAAUGGCGUUGUACCAAAUGUUCCCCAUGAUACAAUUAAAACAGCAAAUAAUUUAAAAACACCUCGUCUGCUAAAGUCACAUCUGCCCGCAAUGCUUCUACCACAACAAAUUUGGACUAAAAAACCAAAGAUCAUUUAUGUAUUCCGCAAUCCAAAGGAUGCUGCCGUCUCAUAUUUUCAUCAUUGGCGUGGAAUGGUUGGUUACAAAGGAUCCAAAGAAGAUUUUGUGCAAUCAUACAUAGACGGUCAUGUCAACUUUAAUCCAUUUUGGCCACAUGUUUUGGACUUUUGGCAAAUGCGAAACAGUUCCCAAGUAUUUUUCACAAGUUAUGAACGAAUGAAGUGUGAUUUAUCAGCGGUAAUUAAGGAGGUUUGUCAAUUUUUGAAUAAGGACAUUACCACUGACCAGCUGUCACAGUUAGUCGAACAUUUGUCAUUCGAUAACAUGAAAAAUAAUCCAGCCUGCAAUCAUGUCAAAGAAUUCGAAAGUAUGAAAGCUGCAUCCGGACGUAAAGUUGACGAAUUUAGGUUUGUUCGUCGUGGGAUUGUCGGCAGUCAUAAAGAUGAACUGUCGUCUAAUGUUAUACAGGACUUCGAUGAAUGGAAUGAUGAAAAUUUAAUAAAAUAUAAUUUAUCUAUUGAUGAUUUCACUCGCUAUUCAAAGUAUCAGAGUUAGUUACAAUUAAUUACAAUUUAUUUUUAUAACUUAAAAUACAAAUUCGUGGGACCAACGCACAGUGGGUUCGAUGGUACCCAAAGUGGCGAUUAAUUCAUAGAAGCCGUAGUUUUAAAAUAUUAUAUUUUUUUUAUUGAUGAGUUGUUAUAAGCACAUAAAACACAGCAUUUUAGAAAAAAAGGGUAAAAAAAUAUUUUUUUAACCCUUUAAGCGCAUUAUUGUUUUUUUUGGAAAAAAAGACCUUUGUUCACAAUUUAUGCUGUAACUGCUGUAAAUUAUCAAAUUAUAAAUUUAUUCUAUGUAUUUAUAUUAGUAUAAAUUUAAUUUAAAAUCCAAUUUUUGUUUUACACAAAAUUGUAUAAAUUUACAAAUUUUUUUUCAAAAAAGUUUCAAAAGAAAAUAUUAUAAUUUUUUAGUAAUGAAUAAUUAUAAAUAAAUAAAAACACAGCAUUUUAGAAAAAAAAA